AUGAGGUGCACUUGUUUUGGAAUUUGAUUCGCCGGGGAGGCUGCGGACACCCCGCCCACCGGUUAACUGGACUCACUGAUUGGUCAUUAGCGUCGCCUGUCUCGGGGACAUCAGAAGAGGCACGAGUUGGCCCGUAAGCCUGCGCUUUGGUCCUCAGUGUCGGACACGUAAUGGGAACGAGCAGGUCCUGAUGCGCAAGUCACGGCAACCGGUGGAGAUGAAGGCGGGCUCCGACUGCCUCUGAUUGCUGAUAGCCCAUUCCAUUCAACCAUCAAUAUGGCAAAGCCCUUAUGCCGCGAACCCACUGCUGCAAAAAUGGCGUCCCUGUACCGGGUCCGAGCUCUGGCGUUGGUUUUUUUGACUGUCACUGGCUGUUGUGUCACCCCCACAAAUGGCAAAGAAAACUCCGAGGAGACCGUCAUCAUUGGGCUGCGCCUGGAGGACACGGACGACAUUUCCUUCAUGGACAGGGGCUACCUGCGGGUGAGUGAGCGCUCCCGGGUCAAACUAAGGGUGUACGGCCAGAACAUCAACAACGAGACGUGGUCCAAGAUCGCUUUUACUGAACAUGAGCGGAGCCGGCCGCCGGGGAACCUUGACAGCUCCUCUGGGGAGAGCCACGAGGACCUGUCCGGCUCUCAUCCAUGUGGCAUUAGGACAUCAGAUAUAAUUAUUUUGCCCAACAUUAUUUUAAACCGAAAAACGUCGGGAAUAGUUGAAAUUGAGGUCAAACCUCUCAGAAAGACAGAGAGGAGUAAAUCUUAUUACCUUUGCGUGGCCACUUCGACUCCUGCGGGCUCCUAUGACCCGUGGACAGAGAACACCUGGAUCUACCAUGACGGGGAUGACACCAAAGUGAUAGUGGUGGAGGAGAAAAAGUUUCUGCUGCCGUUCUGGCUGCAGGUCAUCUUCAUCUCGAUGCUCUUGUGUUUGUCUGGGAUGUUCAGUGGUUUGAACCUAGGCCUCAUGGCGCUGGACCCCAUGGAGCUCCAGAUAGUUCAGAACUGUGGUACGGAGCGGGAGAAAAAUUACGCUAAAAAAAUAGAGCCGGUUCGGAGCCAAGGGAAUUACUUACUGUGCUCUCUUCUUUUGGGGAAUGUGUUGGUCAACACCACGCUCACCAUCCUGCUGGAUGACAUAGCAGGGUCAGGUCUUAUUGCUGUGGUCAUGUCCACUAUUGGAAUAGUCAUUUUUGGAGAGAUAGUUCCUCAGGCCAUCUGCUCCAGACAUGGGCUGGCAGUGGGAGCUAACACCAUCUUUCUCACAAAGUUCUUCAUGCUGCUCACCUUUCCUGCAUCCUACCCAGUCAGCAAGCUCUUGGACUACCUGCUGGGACAGGAGAUAGGCACCGUUUACAACCGUGAGAAGCUGCUGGAGAUGCUGCGUGUGACAGACCCCUACAAUGACCUGGUGAAGGAGGAGCUGAACAUCAUCCAAGGUGCUCUGGAGCUCAGAACUAAAACUGUGGAGGACGUGAUGACCCCCCUGAGAGACUGCUUCAUGAUCCCAGCGGACGCCACUUUGGAUUUCAACACCAUGUCUGAGAUCAUGAAGAGUGGCUACACCCGGAUUCCUGUAUUUGAGGGCGAGAGGUCAAAUAUAGUGGAUCUGCUGUUUGUCAAGGAUUUGGCCUUUGUGGACCCUGAUGACUGCACCCCUCUCAAAACCAUCACCAAGUUUUACAGCCACCCACUGCACUUUGUCUUCAAUGACACCAAACUGGAUGCAAUGCUGGAGGAGUUUAAAAAAGGAAAGUCGCACCUUGCCAUAGUCCAGAGGGUGAACAAUGAGGGUGAAGGAGACCCUUUCUAUGAAGUCCUAGGGAUCGUGACACUGGAGGAUGUGAUUGAAGAAAUCAUCAAGUCUGAGAUCCUUGACGAGACUGACUUGUACACUGACAACAAGACAAAGAAGAAAAUUACCCAUCGUGAGAGGAAACAAGAUUUCUCUGCCUUUAAGCCUACCGACAAUGAAAUGAAGGUUAAAAUAUCACCUCAGCUUCUGCUUGCUACCCUGCGUUUCCUGGCAACAGAGGUAGAGCCUUUUGCACCAGUGCAGAUGUCAGAAAAGAUCCUGCUCCGUUUGCUGAAACACCCAAACGUCAUCCAGGAGCUGAAAUACGAUGAGAAAAACAAGCGUGCAGCUGAGCACUACCUCUACCACAGGAACAAGCCAGUGGACUACUUUAUUCUUAUCCUGCAGGGGAAAGUGGAGGUGGAGGCAGGAAAAGAGGGCAUGAAGUUUGAAGCAGGACCCUUCUCCUUCUAUGGGAUGAUGGCUUUGACUGCCUCUCCAGUCCCUCUUUCCCUGUCUCGCACUUUUGUUGUCAGUAGGGCUGAGUCUUUAGCAGGAUCUCCAGAGAAUAAAUCACCCCCACGGCCCUUUGGACUAAACCACUCAGACUCUCUGAACAGAAGUGACCGGAUAGAUGCCAUCACACCGACUCUUGGCAACAGCAACAACCAGCUCAACUCAUUUCUACAAAUCUAUAUCCCAGACUACUCAGUGCGAGCACGCUCAGACCUGCAGUACAUAAAGGUUACCCGGCAGCAGUACCAGAAUGCAGUGAUUACGUCACGAAUGGACAAAACACCACAGUCCACGGAGUCCAGUGAAUUUACUAAAAUUGAACUAACACUGACAGAGCUCCAUGAUGGAGUAGAGACACCAACAGUGGUCCCCACAUCCACUAGCAGUACUCCUGCAGUAGCUAUAGCAGUAGGCAAUGAGACAGCCCAUUUACUAAACCAGCAACUGAACUGUGUAAGCCUUAAUAGGAGUAACCACAGUGCCCACAGCGAGGGACCCAUCUAGCACCAGCCCACAGCAGUGAGAACUAGUCACUCUGCUGGUCUAAGCAGACACAGGCUGGAGAAGAUGAUUUCUGGAUGUGGGGAGAAGCUCUGCCCCCAUGGGCAGGAGCCCAGGAUAAAGGGGUGCGGUGACACCCCGACCGCCCACUCCAACACGGUCCCUCCCAGCUGCACAUCCACCUAUGGAGGGACCUGCCUGCAUAUCUGCCCACAGUGGAGACCUGGACCAUGGGAUGAGAGUGCAUGAACUAGCUCCCCCACUUUAUUUUUGUAACAGAGAGAAUUCUCCUCAGGCCAAAGACUUUGGUCCACAUUCUUACUGGACUUGAAUGGAAAGUCUCAAUUGCAGGGAAGCUCAGAUCUUCAGCAAGGACUCAGAACCCAAUGUAGAGAGCAAUGGUUUGAGCUUCGACAGAAACUGCUGAACUACAAACCAAGAAUGUUUUCCAUAUUUAUUUAUUUUAUAAUAUUAUGUGUAUAUAUGUAUGCGUGGAGAACCAAUAUGAAAUGAACUAUAGCAUGCACUCGCAUGUGUGAGCUGUGUGUGGUACACACAUCAUAUAAACAAGGACAGACACAGAAUUUAUGUAAAUGAAGAAGUCUUUUACAGAAUGUAUAUUACAGAUUGUUAUUUUUACUAUUAUCAUAAAUCAGGCUUAUGAUAUAUUAUCUUUUCCACCUUAACAUCACACAAUUGCCUUUAAAAAUCAUAUAAUUAUUUUAACAACGUGCAAUGAAAUUUAUUUAAGUAAUGAUUACCUAUUUUUAAAAUGCCUGUAUUAUAUAUUUGUAUGUAUCAUAUAUGUGUAUAUUUGAUUUGCAAACAGCCAUCCACAAGCUGUUAGUAGCUGCCCAUUUUUCCAUGAGACCUCAUGUCGAGGUCUUGUUGCCAGUCACCACAGGCAGAAGAGGUCACAGAGCUCUGAGUACAAGGGCCAACACUAAGCCACCUAUGCACAUAUUUUAAUUGACCACUUUAUGCAAACUCCAGUUUAUUAACUGCACAGUAAUAAUGACCUCAUCUAUCAAACUAACUUGAGUCUUCAUCAAAAUACUAAAAAAGCUCUACUUUAAAGGACCCAUUGCUUAUACUUAUCCAUUGUAACCGUAUGCCAUUUGUUUUUAUAGCUACAGUUGUGUGAAAAAAUAGCACACUCUGUUGAUUUUCAUUUAUUUUACUUAAUGGUGCCACAGAAAGUUACCAAUCCUCAACAUUUUUAAUAUUUGACAAAGACAACUAGUCUAAAAAAAACAUUUGUUAUUGUUUGUUUCAUUUACUACAAGGGAAACGACGUUUCAGGACUGAGUGCAAAUACAGAAUUUUGUAGAGCACGCCAUACACACCAGGUAAUAACUACCAACCCAGACCAACAGUCCCAAAGCCGUCACACAUUUGGUUUGGAGUCUAAGUUCAGGCUUCUCUUUUGAUAUGUAAAAACCAUACACAUUUUUUUUCUUUUUUCCCUUUAUAAUACAAAGUAUUGGUUUAGUUUUAGUUUCAUUUGUCCCAGAAUAGCUUCCUCAUUGACAUUGACUGGCACACUACACUUAUUUAAAUGUUUUUCUGAAUUCUUAUAGAAUGCCCUAAGUGGCACUUGCGAUGCUCAAGAUAAAUCGAAUAUUGUUAGAUCAAAUAACUCCAUUUUAUGUUUAUUCUGGUUGCCUUUGUCAAAUAAGUAGUAAAAAAGAUUGUAUUAUUUACUGUAAAACCAACAUGUUACAGUAAUGCUGACUUGUGUCAUUAACUGCUAUUGACUUAUUUUAUGAUAAAGGAAUGUAAACAAUAUAGAGCUAAAGAUAAUGUGUUACAGAAAGUGCAUAUGACAGGUUUGGCUACUCAUUUCACCAAGAAAUAGUUAUAAUCGAAUUAUAUUUUAUUUAAUAUUAUUUGACAAAUACAAAUUUUUAAAUUUAUGUUUAAAUUGAAAAAUUUGUUCUUUGUGCGUAAACUGUGCCUGCAUUUUGAAUGAAAAUUGUUCUACUGAUUACAGAUAGUGGGAUCCUUUUUCGUAGUACAGUGUUCCUGAAAUUUCGAACCAUUUUUUAAAAACUCAAACUUGACCACCACAGUCAUCCCGCGAAAUGAGGUAAUAAUUGGAAAAAACCCAAAACAAAACAUGAAAACCUGUCAUAUGCACUUUCAGUUGGUCUAUUUUCGUUACUUUCUAAAUUAAAGUCUGAAACUUUAGUGCUUCAUGGACCACAAAGGGCUACAUACAGAUAUAUAGGUUUAACUGUAUUUAACCAAUUUGCACAAGAAAGGUUGUCUAACCAGUGAUUAUUUUUCUCUGUUUGACCAAUAGAUUCAAUCUCUGGCUAAAACAUUUGAUUAAUAUGAAACCAAAAGAUAGACAAAUCAUGAAAACUACUUUGACUUAAUGUCAUAAUAUAAUAGCAAGCAUUUAGAAUGAACUAACCUUCCAACUCAUGAUCAAGGUUUUAUAUUGUGUUCUCUCAAACUUGAUCCCAUAUAUUUAGUUUAAAUUCUUUUAUUGACAUAUGCAUAAUCAUCUAGGCCUAGCUGUUAUGCACUAUGCAACGAGGCCACUAUAUGAAGAAGUAUAAUUUUUGCAUUGCUGUAUACAGCCACAGGUGGGCGCUGUUUCCACACUUUUGGUCUUUAACAUACGUAAGAUCAUAACUGCAUCUAUGUUUGAGUUUCUGUUUAUGAAUCAUGUUGCUUGUUUACUUGGAAGUGCUCCUAUGCAGCAGAUCUGCUUUUGGAUCAAUGACAUAAGCUACAAGAGUUGUGCCUAAAAAAGUCAUAGUCCCAUUUGAGUUUGGUCUCUGGGCCUGGUGAGGUGUUACUCCAUGGCUGCUUUGACUGACAGGUCAUGUCCCUUUAAGAUGCUCUGUGACUAAAUCAUCAGCAUCUAUCUUCAUAUAAAACACUGCUGUUUCUCUUGUCCAUCCUAGUGCUGCUACUGUACCAUGUGCUGGCCAAUGUGCUUCUCCCUGAGGACCGCAAAGCCUCAUCCAGCUGUUGGUUUAAUAAAAAGUGAAUGAUU